AUCACAUUGUGUUGCAUUGUUGUUGUCGACAGUUCCCUCGCUGCCUCAACCCAUUCUUUCUCAACGCGUCUGACACCAUGUCAGUCAAGACAGAGGACACAAAGCCUUUAGUAGCUGUCGACGGUCACGAAGUGUUCAACAUCCCCGUUGAAGAAGAGGAGCUCGAUGUAGCGCCUUCGCACGGCCAGUCCAAGAUCUGGGCAAUGAAGAUCCCCCGAUUCCUUUUGGAGCGCUGGGAGCGUGUCAAGCAGGAGGGUGUGCACCUCGGAAGCUUGAUUAUCGACAACAACUCGAUUCCGCCAAAGAUUACACUCAAGCUGCCUUCCGAAGAGGACAAGGAGCCACCAACGAAGCGCGCAAAGUUGAAUACGGAGGGCAUUCCCGACGAGUACGAGGUCGUCAUGCCCAGCGAACGUGUCAAGAAUACGUUUAUCUUCAGCGAGAAUGAACGCGUGUGGGUCGCCCAGCCUGGAUCCGGCGAGGACUCGCAACGUCGCAAGCAUCAGAAGGCCCACCCGCGCUUGAUUGGUGCGCUCGACCACGAGGCGAGCGUCCGACCCGUCAAGAGCUCCAAGUAUCUCAAAAUCCUCGAGCAGCGGCGCUUGGAUAACGAGAACUCGAAGCGUCCCAUCGUCCAGCUGGACGACAAGAACAUGUCGCAGGCCAAGCUCAAUCAGCUGGCGUCCGGUUUUGCCAACGCGUCCUCUAAGCUUGGCAAGGGCAUGAUUGUUGGUUCGGCCAAGGUUGCGUCUGGCGAGCGGUUUGCUCGCAUGGAACGUCGAGACCUGCAGCAUCGCUUGUUCCAGCUGUUCAACGAGAAGCCGUAUUGGAGCAUCACGGCACUCAAGGCCACGCUCCAGCAACCGGAUACUUGGCUGCGCGAGGUGCUCAAGGAUGUUGCCGUGCUCAUCCGCGACGGUCAGUACGCCAACAUGUGGGAGUUGAACGAGUCCUGGAAGGACGUGGGCGGCGGAGACACCAAACCUUCCGUCGAUGGGGCCAAGGAGGACGAGGACAGUAGCGAAGAGGAGGAUGACGAAGAAGAUGAGGAAGACGAGGAUGACUUUGAGGUUGUGCCCGUCUAGAGAUGGGUUUUACCUGUUUGCUGUUUCUAGAGCAUAGCGUUCCUUGCACUGCAUACUUCACGCCGUGUCUGCAUUUAUGUAUCAGUAGGUUGUAUCUGAG